CAAGACAAACAACAUGGAGCUCAGCCGCUCCGGGCCCGUUCCCGAAAGAAUCCCCGAGGAGAAACGACUGCUCCUUGGCUCCAACAGCGCCAAGCCUCGUCGCAGCAGAUGGGGUCCCGUUCGACAGCUUCUGGUGUUAUCUGCUGUUUAUAUGCUAGGAUACUCACCACUUACAGCUUUAAUGAACUUAGAAGGGAUACUUAAUCCCGAUAUAGGAUUAUACGCGCUGUUGGUGCAUUAUGGAGGGGCGCUGGUUUCGUUUUUCACUGCUCCGAUCUUGGCACGGAUUUUUGGCGCCAAGGGAUCGGUCUUGUUGGGGUUGUUUGGCCAGGGUUUGUUCAUUGCCGUCCAUUUCUAUGUGGAGGUGUAUUUGUUGCUGCCCGUGUCUUUCCUCGUAGGCAUAACGCAUGCACAGAUGUGGAUCAGCAACGGGGUGUACGUCACAACUUUAGGCUUGGAAUAUUCGGAGAUCACGGGUCAGCCUCAGGACUCCGUUAUGGGUGUCUUCCAAGGCGUUUUCUUUAGCAUUUUUACCACGUGUGGAGUCUGGAGCAAUUUGGUGUCAUCAUUAGUUCUAAUAAAACCUGUAGACAAAACAGUAAACGGAUCGACAGUAGUCCCGCAGAUAGGGAAUCUAAGCGAUUUGUGUGGGCCUGCUUUUUGCCCGUGGGAAGAUACCUCCGGGACAUACAUAGAGCAACCGGAUCAGAUUUUAGUGUAUAUAAUACUUGGAGCGUUUCUUGGGUUUAUUUUGGUUGCCUUUACGGGGUGCCUUUUGCUCCUUCGGAAUAUCCAUGCCAACAAAGGGGACGCUUUAAAUGGAGCUGGUGAUUUUUGUUCGGCCAUGAUAAAGUUGCUGUGGAGUGGACGUAUGCUUCUUAUGAUCCCUGUCGUGGCAUAUAUUUCUGUUGAACAGGAGCUCAUUCAAACAGAGUUCACCAAGGCGUUUGUAAGCUGUGAGAUCGGCAUCCAGUACAAUGGCUGGUCCAUGAUCUGUUACGCCAGUGGACAAAUCAUUGGAUCCACGGUGACAGGACGAUUGCUGAAAUUCACUGGUUGGCCGAUAAUGUACGUCUUCGCCACGGCCGCCAACGCCUCCUGCUUAGCCAGCAUGUUAUUGCUGGAUUCUUCCUCCAAAACCAUGCUGUUUUACUUUCUGGUGCCCUUUGUCUGGGGGCUGGCCGAUUCCGUGUGGCUAACGCAAUCUUCAGCCGUUGUUGGACACUUCUUCCCAGAUCAGAAAUGGCCUGUUUUCGUCACCAUACGCAGCGCCAUCUAUGCUGCAAUGGCGGUCGUUUUUGCCUAUUCCAACUUUGUCUGCAUGGAUGCUAAAAUUUAUAUCGCAUUUGGCGGUGUUUUGAUAGCACUUGUAUCAUUCAUGUCUUUUACAAUGGUUCAACGGACUAAGAACAAGAAGGAAGCAUAUUGACAUCUAAUAUACCGUUUCAUGAUAUUAACUAUUUAUUUAUGUUAACCUUUUCAUGCCUGCUGAAACCCUACGGAAUAUCGUCUGGAAACAAAAUUAUCCAAGGACAUGUUACAAAAAAGACAAAAAGAGCUGUAGGUUCUACGUCAUACAUUCUUUUUCCUACAAAUAUUUAAACGAUGAAAAUUAUUUUCAUAUGAAACUCAUAUCUGUGUUUCGACAUUAUCAGGGAAAUAACGUGUCAUCGCGUAUGCAUGAAUGAAAGCAUUCUACAGCAAUGAGCUAAAUAUAAAGCACCCGGCUUCCGUGAAGCCUUUGAUACUGUUUACAGUGUAAAUGAGAAAAAU